AUGUCCGAGCCCCACCACCCGCCGCUGGCAGCGCAGCUCCUCCGCAAAGCACAGCGGCUCUCGCUCUCCGGCGCCCGGCAUCACGUGCCGGAGUCGCUGAAACGGCGCCUGACGCUUUUGCUGACUCCGGCCCAGAACAAGAGACUCAGUGUGGUCGGCGGCAGCGGCCCUGCAUCGCUCCAAGCCGGCUCCAACGGCCCCACGCUCGACUCCUCGCAGCACGCAGGCGCCACGCCCCAAACAGGCGCCCAGCGAAGGGCAGACCUGCGCCCGCUCCGCGACAAGAACUACCAGGGCUUGGUGCUGAAAGAAAUCUACGACUUCUGCAUCGGCAACAGGUUCGAGCUCCAGACGGGCCACGCGAUCACGCUCAAGACGUUGCGCCAGCCCACGCAGAAGGACUUCGUGCUUCUUUUCCAGUUCCUCUACGGGAAACUCGACCCGCUGCACCGCUUCACGCGCUCGGUGGAGUCGGAGGUGUUUAUCCUCCUAAAAAUCUUGCGGUACCCGUACCUCGACGGCAUCAACCGCUCCUCCAUAAGCGCGGUGGGCGGGCAGAACUGGCCCGUGUUCCUCGGCAUGCUCUACUGGCUAGUGAAGGUCAACUUGCACAUGCUGGGGCUCCAGGAUAGCGCGUUGAUCGCGCCGGACGACGUUUUCGACAACGUCUUCAUCCGGUACAUCCUCUUGUCGUACACAGCAUUCAUAGAGCAGAAGGAGGACUACUCGGACUACUACAACGACAUGAAACGCGAGUUUGACGCUGCGCGCUCCCAUCUCUCCAAGCAGGCCGACGAGAAGAGACUCGCCUGUGCAGCGCUCGCGGGGCAGUUCGAAACGGUCAAUGCGCAGUUCUCCGAGGCCGAGGAGGCCCAGGAGAAAUCCAAAGCUUUGGAAAACGACUUGCGCCAGUUUUCCGAGUACAUGCACAAGGUCAAGCAGCGACAGGCACAGUGGAAAACCAUCUUGGACCAGGUGGAGGGCGACAUUUCCAGUGCUGCGCUGCGCCUAGUGGACUUGGAGGCACAGAAAAAGGCAUACGAAGAGGCCAUCCAAGAAAAGGGGUUCUCCAUCAACGAAAUCGAUCAGUUGAACUUGGAGAGGGACAAGAUCUCGCGCUUUUACGACACCGUGUCCAACAGAAUCGAGGACCUCAAGGACAUCUUGGCUCAGAAAGAGAGCGACAUCUACCAGACGCUACAGAGCCUCCAAAGCUUUGUGAGCCAGUACAAUGCGAUGACAUCGAGAAUACCGUCGCGCGAGGGCGACGGGUAUGAGCUUAUCAUCAACUCCGACUUGAUUGGUGACGGCUCGUUGGCCAUUGAGCCCGACGCCGUCUUGAACAAGAUCGUGAGACUCGAGAAGAUCAAGCUUUUGGAAAUGAGGUCGGAGCUAAAGCAAGAGUUGCUACGAGUCCAGGGAGAGACUAUCCGCCUCAUCGAGUCCGUGGACCAGAUGUCCGAAAAGAUUUUCGAGCAGCAGGAGGAAAUAGAGACUGUGGAGACUGGCGUCGCGAAGUUCAAGGACACGCAGGACGAGAUCUACGAGACCAUGGUGAGCGACAGCGCAAUCCGAUCGGCGCAGAGCGAAAAGCUCGAGCGGGACUUGCAGGCCAUGCGCAUACACGCCAACAAAGGCGUGAUUGAGCUCGAGACCCGCAACAAGGAAUUGAAGAUCAUGCUCAAGGAGUCGAGGUACGGUCUCCAGCAGGAGCGCGAGCAGUUGCACGAGACGGUCGUCGCGAUGCUCCAGGAUGUGAUCAGCUUCAAGAUGAACAUCCAGGAAAAGCUCGAGGACCUCGAGGUAUCAACACUAGAGGAGCUCGAAAGGGAGCUCCGCAUGCAACAGGACAGGGACAGUUUGUAG